UUGAAAAUCAAUAUCGGUGUUUGUUUGUUUGUGUGAACUGUGAUCAAAUUUUGAAUCUUUUUUUCAAUUAAUCAAUCAAUCAAUCAAAAAAAAAGAACUAAAUUAUUGUGCAAUCAUUAUUCUUUAAUUAUUCAAAUUAAUUAAUUGACGACGAAGAAGAAGAAAAGAAAAGAAAAUUCACUAAUCAAAGUCUAUUUCAAACAAAAUCAAUCAUCAAUGGUCAAUCCAAGCGUUAAAAAUUUAACUAAACAAUCUUCAUUGAAUCGUCAUUCAAAUAAUCAUUAUUAUCAUAAACAACAACAACAACAACAACAAUCAUUGACAAUGUCGACAAAAGCAAAACAUUUUUCCAUUGAUUCAUUAAUCAGUAAUAAAGAUGCUGAUUUAAAUAAAGAUAAUUCAACAACAUCGGAUACAAUGACAAAUAUCAGACGUCAAAUAAAUAAUUCAUCACGUUAUAAUGAUCAUAAUCAAACAUUAUUCAAUGGUCAUAAUCAUCAUCAAUGGAUUGAUAAUAAUACAUCCAAUAAUACAAUUAAUCAACGUAAACGUUCCAUUGAUUUUGAACAAAAAUAUCGUCCAACAAAAACAUUGAAAUCAACAAUGACGAAACGUUUGAUUGAUGAUUAUCAUCAACAUAAUAUUAAUAUUGAAGAUAAUGACGAUGAUGAUGAUGAUGAUGAUGAUGAAGAAAUCAAUGUUGAUGAUGUUGUUGAUAUUGAAUCUAAUGGUUCAAGUCAUGAUGAUGAAUGUGUUUCAUGUAAAUCAGAUCCAAAUAGUGAUCAACCAAUUAGUCCAAAUUUGGCUGCUACAUAUCCAUAUGAUCCUUCAUCAUUAUUACCAUCAAUUGGAUUAAAAGGCACAAUUCCUGCUGAUAUGAAUCCAUUUUUUAAUCCAGCACAUUUUAAUCUAAAUCUUCUUCGUGCUGGUAGUCUACCUACUACACAUUUAUCUCAACUUCAUCCAAGUCUAGCACUUCAACAACGUUUGAAUGCUGAAUUUAAUAAUUCAUUUGCUGAUCUCGCUAAAUUUGCCAAGAUAUCACCUUCAGGUUUACCGACAUCAAAUCAACAACAACCGCCGCCACCACCACCAUUGUCACUACCAUCUUUACCUGUCACAUCACAAACAUCACCUUCAUCAAAAAAUUCAAAAAAUUUUUCAAAAUCAGCAUUUUCAUUUGUAAAUAAUUCAUCAGAUAAUAAUGAUAAUUAUCAUGAAAAUCAAACAACAAGACCGGGUCCAAAAUCGGGUAAUCGUUAUUCAUCAAACAAUAAAGAAUCUAAAUAUUUAUCAAAUAGUCAUCAUCGUGAUAAAGAAUCAUCAUCAAAAGUAUCAAAUAAUCAAUAUUCAUCAUCAUCAUCAUCAACAACAUCAUCAAAUCAUCAUGGUAAAAGUGGUAAAAAUAAUUCAAAUGAUUCAAAAAAUAAUAAUGCAAAUAGUAAACCAGAACUUAAUCCAGCUUGUUUACCACGUUGUAAUUGUGAAGAAUUAAUGAAAAUUGAUGCAAAAUUAGAAACAAAAGAAUUAUGGGAAAAAUUUCAUGAAUUAGGUACCGAAAUGAUUAUCACUAAAACUGGUCGAAGAAUGUUUCCAACUUGUCGAGUAUCAUUUCAUAAUACUGAUCCAAUGGCAAGAUAUGCUGUAUUAAUGGAUAUUUUACCGGUUGAUAAUAAACGUUAUCGUUAUGCAUAUCAUCGUAGUUCAUGGUUAGUUGCUGGUAAAGCUGAUGCACCAUCACCAAUUCGUCUUUAUCUUCAUCCAGAUUCACCAUUUACUGGUGAACAAUUACGUAAACAAAUUGUUUCAUUUGAAAAAACUAAAUUAACCAAUAAUGAAAUGGAUAAAAAUGGACAUAUUGUACUGAAUUCAAUGCAUAAAUAUCAACCACGAAUUCAUUUGAUCAAACUUCGUUUAGAUCAACUAACACAUCAUAGUAGCCAAUUGAUGAUUAAUAAUCUGGAAAAUGAACAAUUUCGUACAUAUAUUUUUCCUGAAACAGUUUUCACUGCUGUUACCGCAUAUCAAAAUCAAUUGAUUACCAAAUUGAAAAUUGAUUCAAAUCCAUUUGCCAAAGGUUUUCGUGAUUCCAGUCGGCUUACCGAUCUGGAAAGUGAAUCUGUCGAAACAUUAUUACGGGAACAUGCAUUUCGACAUUCACCAUUUCGUGCAUUUUUCGGUUCAGAUCUAUCUCCACAUGAUCAACAAGCAUUGGCAAAUGCUGCUGCAUUAGGACGAUUACCAUGUGGUCAAGAUUUUUUGGCUUUAAUGGCUUCACAAGCUGCUGCACUUGCAUCAUCAGCAUGGAAAUUUAGUCCAAAUGGUCAGACAUCUACUUCAACAUCGGCAUCAACACAACCUCCAUCAUCAUCUUCGCAAUUACCACCUCCACCACCACCAACAACAACAACAACAACAUCAUCCUCAUUAUCCACAUCUUCUAUUCAAAAUCAAAAUCAUUCACCUGGCAACAAUUCACCAAAUACGGAUGUUUCACCAAAUUCAUCUUCUUAUUCUUCAGCUAUGAUGCCAGGAUCAGCAGCUGAAUUUUCUUCAAUGAUGGCAGUUAAUCCUGCAUUAGCCAGUUUCUAUUUUGGAAAUAUUCCUCGUAAUUUUCUUUCUGGUCAAAAUAUGCUACAUCCUUCACAAAUGAUGAAUUCUACACAGCCAGAAUCGACAUCAUCCUCGACGGAAACAUCUAAAGUAAAUAAUUCUAAUGGUAAAUGUGGUAGUAAAGUCAGUGGUAAACAAUCAAAUGCCAAUGCUGCUUUGAAUUUAACCUGUACGGAUGGAAUUUCUUCGGCAAAUAAUCCAAAUAACAACAUCAAUUGUUCAAGUCCAUCACUAUCGAAUUCUUCGAAUGAAAGUUCUUCAAAUCUGAAUCACAAUGUACAAUCACAAGCAGCAGCUGCUGUUGCUGCUGCAUUCUAUACACAAUUUCCAAGAUUCUUUCGCUUGCCAACGGCACCAAUUACGCCACCAGGACCGAAUAUAAUAACGACUACGCCUUCACCGCCGCAUCAUCAAACUCCAGUGUCGAAUACAAAUGCGACAAAUCGAUUAUCACCGGUUCAAGCUCCUAAAACAUCAUUUUCAUCACCUUUAUCGUCUCCAGCGGCACAAUUACCACCCCCACCGCCACCAUUUACAUCAUCGCAAUCUGAUAUGAAAUCAAAUUCAUUUACAGAUUGUCAUAACCGAUCAUGCCCAAAUACACCGCCAUCACCAUCAUCUCCAACAUUAUCGAUGUCACCGAUUUCGGAUCUAUCGAAUUCCAGUCGUUUGACUAAUGAUAAAACAACAAGUAUAUCUACUUGAUUAUCUAAUUGAUUUAUUCUCAUACACACAUUUAAAGAUAAUUAUUUGUAAAUGACUAUUUAGUAAUUAUUAUUGAUGCAUACAUAUCUCCUCCCUGAAAAAAAUAUUAGUCAAAUUUCACUUAUCGAUGUUUUCUUUCUCAUUUCA